AUGCUGUCCACGAGAGCGGCCCCCAAGACGGCCGUCAAUGUCUCACGGACCGCCGUGAGAGGAUUGGCCACCGUCCAGGAUGGCACCCCCAAGCGCACCUACGGCGGCCUGAAGGAUCAGGACCGUAUUUUCCAGAAUUUGUACGGACGAUACCCGGCCGACCUGGCGAGCGCGAAGAAGAUGGGCGACUGGCACAAGACGAAAGAAAUUAUCCUCAAGGGGCACGAUUGGAUUAUCAACGAGGUCAAGGCCUCCGGUCUCCGUGGCCGUGGUGGCGCUGGCUUCCCCUCGGGUCUGAAAUGGUCUUUCAUGAACUUCAAGGACUGGGACAAGGACAACAAACCGCGAUACCUCGUCGUCAAUGCCGAUGAGGGCGAGCCCGGAACCUGCAAGGACCGCGAGAUUAUGCGCAAGGACCCGCACAAGCUCAUCGAGGGAUGCCUCGUCGCCGGCCGCGCCAUGAACGCCACCGCCGCCUACAUCUACAUCCGCGGCGAAUUCAUCUACGAGGCCGAGGUCCUCCAGCGGGCAAUCAACGAAGCGUACAAGGACGGUCUCAUCGGCAAGAACGCGUGUGGCUCCGGGUAUGACUUUGACGUUUUCAUCCACCGCGGUGCCGGCGCCUACGUCUGCGGCGAGGAGACCUCCCUGAUUGAGUCGCUCGAGGGCAAACCCGGCAAGCCUCGUCUGAAGCCACCGUUCCCGGCCGCCGUCGGCCUGUUUGGCUGCCCCUCCACCGUCGCCAACGUCGAGACCAUUGCGGUCGCGCCGACCAUUUGCCGUCGCGGCGGCAACUGGUUCGCCGGCUUCGGUCGCGAGCGUAACCAGGGCACCAAGCUCUUCUGCAUCUCCGGCCACGUCAACAACCCCGUUACCGUCGAGGAGGAGAUGUCCAUUCCCCUCCGCGAGCUGAUUGACAAGCACUGCGGCGGCGUCCGGGGCGGCUGGGAUAACCUGCUGGCCAUCAUCCCUGGUGGUUCCUCCACCCCAAUCCUCCCCAAGAACAUCUGCGACGACCAAUUGAUGGACUUUGACGCCCUGAAGGACAGCCAGUCUGGUCUGGGUACGGCAGCCGUCAUCGUUAUGGACAAGAGCACCGACGUCGUCCGCGCCAUCAGCCGCCUCAGCCACUUCUACCGCCACGAGUCCUGCGGCCAGUGCACUCCUUGCCGUGAAGGCAGCAAGUGGACUGAGCAGAUCAUGUCUCGUUUCGAAAAGGGCCAAGGCCGCGAGCGUGAGAUUGACAUGCUCCAGGAGCUCACCAAGCAAGUUGAGGGACACACUAUUUGCGCUUUGGGAGAGGCCUUCGCCUGGCCCAUCCAGGGUCUUAUUCGCCACUUCCGCCCGGAGCUGGAGGCGCGCAUGGCCAAGUUUGCCGAGGAGAACGGCGGCCAGGCUUUCGCUGGCGGUCUGCCCCGCACCGCGCGUGCUGAGGGCAAGCUCCUGUCACCUGGCCAAUAA